AUGGCCAACUCAACGGCCCAGGAGGCCCGGUUUGCGGCCCAGGCCCAGCUCCUCUCGAGAUUGCCGACCCCUGACAGUGCCUACGUGGAUGGCGCCAGCUCUACCGUUGCACCGGUAGCUCAUACGACUGUCGAUAGCUGUGAGGCCGCCACAUAUGCCGGUGGAUCUCGAGACGUGUUCUCGUCACUAUCCGAGCUUUCAUCCGCCCUCGCCAUCCUCGGCGGCGGCUCGUCACCGCCACGUCUAGAGACCUUGCCAAGCGAGGUCUUGGCUCACAUUGCGAGCUUUCUCGAUGUCGAUGACUUGUUGCGUGCGUCUCGUACGUGCCGUCGCCUUCGUGCCAUCUCUCUUGACCCUGUCCUGCACCACUACCGCCUCCGCAACGCCCGGUUUCUCCUGACCUUGUUUCUCAAUUCUCCGUUCCGCCCGUCUCUCGGUGACCUCAUGUCCCGAUCCAUCUUCUUGACCCAAAACACCAUCAUAUCGCGGCGUUUGGCACGGUCACUCAUCUCCAUCCGCCUCUCGCGUCGUCUUGCCUCGCGGCUCUCCGCCAGGGACCUUGUCCAGCGAUGCGUGUUGCCCCAGGAAUGCGUGCCGGGCAUGUUUCCCGUGCACGUUGCCCCCGGCCUGGUGGCCAAGCGGAAGAGCAUUGAGAAGGAGCGCAUCAAGGACGGCCUGAGGCGGUGGAUUUCCGUCCAGUGGAAGCGUCAAGUCAGCGAGCGGGCGGAAGACGCGCGGAGGUCGGACGAGAUGCUGGGCGUCGGUCGUGUCUGGAAGCUACGCCGCUUCUGGGAGAGGAUGAGCCGUGGCGAGGUGCCAGCUCAUGGGGGGAGAAGCUGGUGA